AUUCAAACUCCGCGAAUCGUUAAAACAGUGUUACAGGUAUGUUAAGGUCACACUCCAUCCUGGUUACUUUGCAAAGACAUACACCAAUCGUACUAAUUCUGAUCUUACGAGCGGAAUGGCAUCCAGUGGUUUCCUGCGCAUCACAUCUAUGUCCCUAGUCAUGGGAGCUGCGUCCUUUGGGGCUGGCCUCGUACCGCUGUCGUUGUCAAUGACUAAAAGUCACUUGGCGAAGUUAUCUACCUUGAGCACUGGAUUACUCAUUGGUGCUGCACUUGGUGUUAUUAUUCCCGAAGGAGUAGCAAGGACGAUUGCUGGAGACCCUGAACCAGAAUCGUACUCUCGCAAGAUCGCGUUAUGCAUACUUUUGGGGUUUGCAUUCAUGUUCCUCGUGGAGGAGUAUAUAUCCCCACAUGCUCGACCGCUGCCUCUGGAGAUUCGCCACGAAGUAGAAGAUGUCCACUUUGAUAUCGCGCUUGAUGAGCUUGAGCGUGAGGAGGGUAUGACACUACCCGGUUCACACGCGUCUACUUGGCAAAUGUUGCGACGUGCCCCUUCCUCGAGCUUACAACGCGCAUACCCACUGUCGUUAGGACUUACAGUGCAUGCUUUAGUCGAUGGAUACGCAUUAGGCGUGUCGUCUCUUGAGACACGAUCGGGUGCUCUAUCUUUCGUUGUUUUCUUGGCUAUCAUAAUACACAAGGCACCCACAGCGUUAGCUCUGACAUCCUCUCUCUUGGAAACAUCCCUUUCUCCUUCAGAGUGCAAGAGACACUUGCUAAUUUUCAGUCUCGCGACGCCAGUUAGCGCCAUCCUCUCUUACAUAUUGUACACCCACACCGGUGAUGGAAAUAACCUGUCGGUUGGAACGCCCUUACUAUUUAGCGGAGGUACCUUUCUCUAUGUAGCGACAGUAGUGAAGUCGCCUUCAGAACCCACACUUUCGCCCACUCAAGAAACCAUCACCAAAACGUCACGAACGCUUCUCCUGUUGCUGGGAAUGUUUUUCCCAUUUAUAAUUAGUGCAAUGCUGGGCCAUGGUCAUUAAUGCCGUUGCAGGUCUGAGAUAAAUUUAAAGAAUACACGUUAAUGGUCACUAGGACUAGAUGCUGCCUAGACGCGGAAUUUAUAGGGUUUAGUUACAUCCCAGG